CAACAAGCGGCGUCAACGCGGUGAAGAGCCCCAGGUCACAGCGUCCGGUGCUUGACGCUCUCAUCGCCCAGAGCGCCAGGCAGCACGCCCUGCUACUAUUUUCAAUAAAAGCUUUAGUCUUUUCCGCCAGAGCCCGCCCAGGCUCUCCUCACGCUCUCCUCACGCUCUUUUUCUUCGCAAGCUUUCGCAAGAGCAGUCGCAGAUGCUCACAACCGCCCGUUUGUUCAAAGAACCCCGUCACGCGAGAUCCGGCCAGAGCACGUAUUAGCAACCAUGGACUUCGCAUUCAAGUCCGCAGUCGGAAGUGCCCCGUCGAUUAAUGCAGGCGCCGAUUUGACCGAGAUCAACACAGAGAACCUUGGGUUCGCUGCCUUUGGAGGAGAGAAAAAACUGCAGCUGCUCCCGGAUCCGUGGCCGACUGAUGGUCUGCCACCAUCUACUGCGUCCCUCCUCUCUGUUGCCUCCCGACGCGGUCUCCUGGCCGCCGCUUCGCCACGCGCCCUCGUCCUCGCGUCUACGGAAGCCGUACGUAAAGCCUUCAAUGGAGCAGCGCCCGAGGACAAUAUCAUUACCGACUUUAAGCCCGACGUGGUCGUUGCCCUUCCCCAGCUCCGCCAUGUUGCCUUCUCCAGCAAUGAGGACUUCUUGGUAGUCACCGCCGAGAGUGGAGGAGGGCUCGCCGUGUACGGAGUCGACGAUCUUUUGCGCUCAAAGGCACAGCCUGGAGUCCAGAUAUCGACCGAACAAAUCACUGUUCGCUCGCUUGCCGCGAAUCCAAACCCUGACCUCGAGCAAGCCUUCGUUGUCGUCCUUGACUCCGGCCAACUCCUCUUGGCCGACGUGGGAGAAGGUCAAUCGAAGAUACUACAAGCUGAAGGUGUCUCAUGCGCAGGCUGGAGUGCGAAAGGAAAGCAGAUAGUUGCAGGAUUGAACGAUGGCACGGCCCUUCAGUAUACGCUUGUGGGCAAAGUUGUAGCUACAAUUCCCCGCCCACCUGGGGUGGAAGCGAACUACGCCGUGUCCGCCAUCUAUUGGUUGACUAACGACGAAUUCUUCGUUAUUCAUUCGCCUCCGACCGCUCCCUCAGCAGACGACGAUGCCAUGCAAGACAAUCAGGAAUCUACCUACCAUCUCGUGAAGACCGACCAGGGCCGGACGACCUUUUCGUUUCACAAAGCUUCCUACGCCAUAUGCCCGCCUAGUUUCGGCCCCCAGCGGGACCCUCCACUGCGGUUCUCGAUCACGAGGUUAAGAAAUUGGGAGCCCCAUCUUCGAGAUGUUCUCAUUCUAGGUGCAUCGAACUGUGUCGAUUUCACGACGUUAACUAGCGCUAGCGCACCAUUGGCCCCUACCCAGGAGGUUCUCAAUGACUUUACAAUCACGGAUUUACAGGACAAUCGACGAGCUACGUUACCGCAGAUGACUGGUGGAGAAGAUGGCGUUAUGGAUAGUGUUACGAUUGGUGAGGCUUUAGAUUUGUCAAGUAAGGAAAAGAUUCUGCGACCAAUCCCGAUGGACGAAGAGAUCGCGGAAUCUCCUACGCCGCUGCCAGCCUUCCUCGCACUCAACAACCAAGGCCGCUUGUCUGCAUGGUGGAUCGUGUAUGACAAAUCAAUCCGAGAAGGGACUGGGUACCACGGCCUUACUGCUCUCAGCAAACCUCGAUCAGCCCUCCCGACUCCAAUCUCAAAUCCUUCGUCAAAUGCCCCUUCAUCAACAACUGGUUCUGUCUUCGCAAAGCCAACUGCAACAUUUGGUGUGCCCUCCACUCCUAAAUUUGGAUCCACUAGCUUCUCAAAUGUAAAUGCUGCCUCUAGUAAGCCCGCCCAGCCAGCCUUUGGAACAGCUUCGGCGAUAGGAGGUAUAUCUAGUGGCUCUGGUUUUGGUUCUACAGGUGCCAUUGGCAUUCGCCAGUCCCCAUGGGCUGCAGCGUCACAGACUCCGGCAUCCCAACCCCAACACAACCCUUUCCCCAGCGCAGUGGGCAGUUCUUCUGGUUUCGCGAAGUUUGGAGGCGGCACCGCUCCAGGCACUGGCUCUCCUUUCUCCAGCUUCGGCAGUGUAGGUACUGCACAGUCGCCAUUCGCCAGCUUAGGACAACAGAAGCCAGCACAGCCAGCAUUUGCAGGCACAUCAAAGGAGAUUACAGCACCCAAGGGACUCACUACACAACCAAGCUUUGGUUCUACUGUUACAGUGGGGUCGAGCUUGGGAGGUGGAUCCACACUCCCUUCUUGGGCCAACACUCCAGCGCAACAGGGAGAUUCGAUAUUUGGACAAAGAACAUCCUCUUUUGCGUCAACCAAAGAAUCCGAUAUGGGCGACUCGGAUGAUGCAGAGAAGCGGGAGAGGGACGAAGCUACGCCUACUCCUCAAGCCCCUCCACCACAACCAAAGGGCCUCUUUGGCUUAUCAUCCAAUGGUUUCAAUGUCGGCUCUUCGUUUAAAGGAGAUGGGACAGCGAAAGAUGAUCUUCCCAGGCCCAUUUCUCCAUCGAGCGGAUCACUAUUUGGUGGCGAUUUUGCAUCAGCCCUUGGGGCACCUACCAUGAGACCUCCAGAGACUCCCAUUAAAAAGGAGGAAGUAGAGCCCAGUUUGCAGGAGAUAUCCACCACCCCUGCAUCACCUCCGAAGUCCGCACCUAGCACGCUAUUUUCUAGCACAACACCAAAAGCACCCAUAGCCCAGAAGGAGACACCAAUUUCUCCAUCGGACGAGGCGCCUGCUACUGGUGAAGAUGCACCUCUUCCUCCCGAUCCCAUGACAUGGAAGCCGCCCCAAAAGGCAGAUGACGAUCUGCCUCCCCUCGCCGGGAGCCCUGGCAUUAAGGUGGAGGCUCCAGAUUCAUCUGUGCCUUCCUCAGAUGAUGACGGCGGCGAGAAUCUCUCUAUAGAGGAACAAGAUGAAGAUGAAGAGGAGCCAUCUCCUUCAGAUGCUGCCCGAAAGUCUCGGCCACUAGGAGCCCGCUAUACACUACAAGACAGCAUUAACCAGUCGCCCCGAAUCUUUCCGGCUGCUCCCACGCCUCCCGUUAUCAAGUCUAGCGCUUCGUCACGCUCUGGGAACGAUUCGAGAGGUUCGUCUCGACCGCCUGUUCCUCCCAAUCUUUUCGGUCAAACUUCCAGACCAGCUGCGUCACUCUUCGGACAGUCAUCAACCCCAACCGGUUUCCCUAGGCCACCAGCAAUGUUUGCUCCUCAGCCAAGUCGUGCUCAAGAGCUCCGUUCUCCAAGCCCAGUCCGAUCCGCGUCCACCUCUGCAAUUGGAACACGGCAGCCGGUGGCUCGGGCUCAGAACACUAUUCCGUUAGCUGGGUCCACGCAACAAAUGUGUAAACCGCAAACUUCCCAACCCGAGGUAUCCGAUUUGUCUGAUGACGAAGACGAGCGUAUUCGACAGGAGCUUGCCAGUGAUAUCGUACCUAGCUGGACUCUGGAUCCAUUCCUUGCCCACCAUGAUUAUACUGGAUCGGUCACAAAAUCGGGUAUUCCUGGACAGAUUGAACUGAUGUAUAGGGAUAUCAACAGCAUGGUAGAUACACUUGGUCUCAAUGCGCGUACUCUGACUGCAUUCAUAAAGUAUCAUUGUGAAUCAACACAGGAUAGCCUGGCACGUAACGAUCUCCAAGAGAUUGAGGACCAAGGUGAGCAAGGGCCUUGGUACAAGCAAUGGGCCCUGGGUCAAAUGGACGACCUACGGACGCUUGCAGGCGAGCUAGAACAGGUUCUGGAAGCUGGCAAGACCCAACAUGUAUUUGAAAAGCUCGCUCAGUUGGCACGUCUUUUAAGCGAUGGGUCGAAGCUCUCUACAAAGCUCAAUGAGGUCCGUCGCGAGAUCAUAAAUCGGAAGGACCCAGAAAGGACGGAAACCCUACGCAAAGCAUCACUGCCUAAGGAGCAAGCUGAUCAGCAGAGAGCUCUACGGACCCAAUACGCUAAUCUUCUGUCCCUCCUGAGUAAAGUCGAAGAAGCUGUCGUCGUCCUCCGGUCCAAGCUCGCAGCCCAUAACGCUGUAAACGGAAAGACGGCAGCUGUCCCCACCGUUGACGCCGUCAAGAAAACAAUAAAUAAGAUGAUCGCCAUGACAGAGAAAAAGAACAGUGACAUCCUUCUCCUGGAAGCACAGAUGCGGAAAAUCGGUCUGGAAGCUAGCAGCCGGCCCACUUCACCCAGCAGCCGGACCUUCGGCACUCCUUCCCGCUCGAGGGCACUGCGGAGCAGGGAUUCCGAGUUCACAACACCACCAACAAAUCGGAGUAAAAUGAGCACCUCCGAACUGAAUCGUAGAGCAAUGACACCGGACGAAGACACUCCGAGCCGUGGUUUUGGGCUCUUCUAUACGCCGAACAAUAGUCCAACGCAGAAUGGUGGGCAUCGAAAGCUUGAUGUUGGUGAUUUAGACGGGUUCGACAUCGAAGCGCUGAGGGAGAGUGCACUGAGGCGGAAGAAGGUUGCGGAGGCGCUGACGGAUGCUCUGCUGAUCAGGGGGGUGAAAUUUACUAAGGUCAAUUAGUAGAUGUAGAGGAGAGGGCGAAUCAAGAGAUUGGUGUUAUGAUUGUGUAUGACUAGGCGUGCAUAGUGUUUGAAUAACAUGGAGGCUUUGGGAGGAUGAGAUUUAGUAUGCAUUGAUGGAACAUCUUAAUUUGGGUGCGUGGAGAGUCGCAAACUGGAGGCCAAUCCUCCGAUUUUUGAUCUGCAGUUUAGACACAAUGUCAGGCGGCGUAGGAAAAUGGUGAUUCAGAUUGAGAAAUCCGUUGAGAUGAGGUCGUCUCUUGUCUCAGUCUUCAAGGCGCUGAUUGGAAGACAUAUUUUGUCGCUUGCAUUCAAUCCGAAUAUCUAUCCCAAGUAGGGUUACUAAAUG